AGGAUUUGAGAAACAUCACGGAUGCGUUUAAGCUGCGUCCUUGUCCUACAAUUCAAGUCGGCGUAUCUGUGCAGUUGCUGCGCAAUCACGAUUUUGGGGAACAAUUGUAGUAAUAGCGGUGGUUGUUACAGCAUUUUAAUUUUACUGCGGUGCGAAACGCAUUUGCGUUAUGGCUCAGAAUGUUCAAAAUGUCACUGUAUCUUUAACUUUGCCGAUAUCUUGCCAAAUCUGUCUCGGAAAGGUUCGGAAGCCCGUUAUUUGUGGCAAUUACCAUGUGUUCUGUUCUGCUUGUAUUGAACUGUGGCUGACGAAGUCGAAUCACUGUCCAACUUGCCGAAUCCCUAUCACCCCUGCAAACCCAUGCCGAGAGAUUAUAGGUGCAACAAAUGAAACUGAAUGUAAUGACAGUGCUUCAGUUAAAAGGAAAUUAAGGAAGACCAGAUUUGAAUUAUUACUGAGGGAUUAUGAGGAGGAAAUCAAGGCUCUGCAUAAUGAAAAUGAAGAACUCAGAAAGAAAAACAUGAGCACAGAAGAACAGCUUAAAAUUUGUCAGCAAGGCUGUCCCAUCACCGCCUCAGAUACAAGUGAAGAUUGUAGAGAAAGCUCACUGGAAGAGAGGAUUGACUCUGAUGUUCUACAGGAAUGGAAAAAAAAGCUUGGAGCUGCCACUGCAAUUUAUGAGAAGGUACAGCUGGAUUUAGAGAAAAUGAAAGAGGCGAACAGGACUCUUCGUGCUCAAAAUGUUAAUCUCGUUCGAGAAAACUUGCAGCUAAAAGUUGAAGUGGACAGUAGAUCACCUCAAAAGUUUGGCAGGUAUACUGUGGCUGCACUGGAGGCAAAGAUCAGCCAGUAUGAGCGGGAUGUGGACCUCUUGAGAAAAGCUCUGGAGCGCAGUGAUAAAUACAUUGAAGAGCUAGAGUCCCAGGUCUCUGAAAAUGAGAGCAAGUGUGACAAGAAGGUAGCCAUUAAGAGCACUGAUGAUAUAUGUCACCAGAGCAUGACUGAUGUUCUGGCUGACAAGGGGAGAGCCAACCAUGCUUGCCAUGUGACGGAGGGACACACACGGAUUGUGACAAUGAGAAGAAGCCUGAGUGAAAUGGGAAAUUCUAUAGUCUGCACAAAACCUGACAGCGAGAUGGCUGAUUUGUCAGGUCCUUCUGGAUUUCACUUGACAACUGCUGUAAAACAAACUGUACCCAGUACGUUUUACAAAGAUCAGACUUUUACUCCAGAUAUUUUGAAUGUGGAUAAUUCUUCAGUCCCAUCGACAUCUAUGAGUUGCCUAAGUCUAAAGAGUCCAAAUGUUCAUAUUGACAAAAGGACUCAAUGUAAGCCCUUGUCCUACCUGAGAAAGCUCAGCUUUGAUGAUUGCUGCAGUAGCACAUUUGUGUCAGCAAACAAACAUUCAGACACAUCCAACAUCAAUGACAGAACGGCCAUUAAUCAUAAAGCUAACCUGACAUCCUCCAGCCCAGUGUUCUGGGGAACAUGCAGCCUAAAUCCAGACUCUCCUAGGGCGACCUCUCUAACUAAAGUCGAUGAGGAACAGAAAAACUCUGAAGAAGAGCAUGCCAAGGCCAGCACUUUACAGUGUAGGACUGACUGCAAAAUGGAAAGUCUUAAAAUGUCAAGUGAGGUUUCCAUGGAUGCCGCAUACUUUGACAAAGUUUCUGAACUGGAUUCAAUGAUAUCAGAGUGUGAAAACUAUAAGGUCUCUCAUUACUCUUUUGAUUCCACACAUUCCUCUGACUUCGAUAUUUCUUUGAUGCAAGAGCCUGAUGCCAGCACAAAGCUCAUAAGGCCAGUGAAAUUUAAUGUUUCACCUAGCACUGACCUCUGUGGUAUAAGGGCACAGAUUGGUGGGACUCUCUUGAACCCCAGCAUGGAAGACACUUCUUGUGCUGGAAUCAACGAUCCGGUCAUCACUGAACCUCUGACUGACAUUUCCUCAAUUAGCAAUUUUGCACUUCAGCCUCAUGACUGGUUUGAGACAAGGACCACAUACUUACUUCUGUCCAGUCAACCCAGUUCUCACCUCACCCAGGCUGACAAUCAUAAUUUAGUGGAAAAUGAAGAUAAAGCAGAAGAUAAAGCACAAAACGGUCAAUCAGCUAAAAGAAAAACUGCCGAAUGUCAUGACGUGUCAAGUCCCUCUAAAGUGUCGAAGUUGCUUUGAGGUUAACAUUUUGUAUUAACGCUAUAUUUUUCAGCUUUCAGAUGAUUCUUAAUCUUACAUAAUGCAGGCAUGUACUGUGUAUCCUAAAAUGUUUCUUUUGCAUAUCCCUGUCUCAACCUGCCCAGCCAAGCAGAAAUGGUUGUACGAUUUUUUGCAGCUUCAGUUCGUAAUGAAGAUUAAUAUUGGUUAUUAAACCUUGCUCAUGUGCAAAAUAAAUGUGUUCUUUUUUUUUUUAAAUCAAUGACACAACAAAAUAAAAUCAUAUCCAGUAAAUGCAUCAUUUGUC